AUCCGCUCAAUACCCACCCACAGUUCGGACCGCUUUCAGAAACGCUGGGCUCUCAGACGUAUCGUCCGCUGAAGAACGACGCCAGUUGAUCUGAUAGGGCCUCGUACUCUCUUCAUUGUUUCUUUGUUUGGCUUUAAACUGGACCCUGCCGUUUUAGGACCAGGCAGAACGACAUUGAUCUUCAGCCGCCGGGUUACAUCCGUCCUCGCCCAAAAGAGCCAACCAUAGAUGGAAGGCUGAUGCUGAUGCUGAUGCUGAUGCUGAGACUGAGACCGAGACCAAGAUUGAUACUCUUCGACUGAGAUACCAGACUGCCAGACCCGCCCACCUUUGAUUCUAAUUAUAUCUGCAUCUGCAGAUAUCUUGGCAAUCAUAUCGGAGCAAACGCAGGCUUACCUCGUGAAUAAAACAAGGCCUUGUGAAUCACGAUUUUCAGAAAAGGGGGUAGUUGAUCGAGGGUCAGCCUUCAGUCUGAUCAAUCGAAGUCAGGAGCCAAAGAACUGGAAGGAAAUUGCAGGUCUGCAAGUGCACAGAGAGGAAAGGCGAGAAAAAAGGUCGUCGAAGGUGAGGGUGCCUUCCAACUUUGUGCCCUGCCUCGACAACAUCCUACUACCUACCUUAGGUACCUUACCUAACAGAUCCAGCCUGCCCCAGCCUGGUUGGCCAACAUCGCCAGGUCACCUCUAGCGGUUUCCCUGGACUGCCUUUCAGUAGGGAUUUGAGGACAGGACGCCAUACUCAGCCUAAGAACACACCAGGCAACUACGUUUCUUCUGGUAUCCAAUAUUUUCCCAGCUUUCUUGGCGACUGCGCUUGCUGGGUCUUCUGCAGCGAUUUGAGACCUCGUGCCUACAACGUCAAGAGAGAAGAGGAUCGCGUCGGAUCAAGCCCAAGAGACCUGUACUUUCUGUUUCUACGAAGCAGGAGCGGGGUCUUAUUACUGUUACCGACGAGCCGGCCGCAGCGAGUCCUGCGAUUUCCCAUACCCAGCCAGCUCUGGCCGUCAGCCUGGCAUCUUUGACUGCUCGCCAGACGUUUCGACUCUGGUCUUGCUUGCCGACAUCAGAGAAUACAUCGCACUUCGGCGAUAUUUCCGUCAGUUGCUGGUCUCCGAUCGGACUCCUUCCUGAGCCACGGACACUCCCUCGGCACAAGUUUUUGCCUCGAGCAUACGACAGGGUAACCCCGCAGUCAUUCGAAGGCAAACAUCUCCAAAGGCAACGCCCGACAACGCAGUACACAAUUCUGUCUCUUCUGUCGGCAGUCGUACGCCUGACGACUUGGUAGACCAAACUUGUUUUCCUGUUAGACUGUGCUUCUGUACAAUCUUCAAACCAUCCUAGGCACUGUACGCCGCGAUGCUUGCAGUUGAACGCCCUACGCAACCCAAGGCGGGCUCCGAGAGGCAUGACGACCAGUCUGACGAGAAGGUCGAGCAUACUGGGCCUGAUGCCAUACAGCCUCAUGUCCUCAUCGAUAGGCUUGUUCCGCAACAGCUGGGGCGAGGAGUGCUUAUCCCGUUGAAAACGACGCUCGAAAUCCGUCAAGACCACACCAUUGUGCAGGCCUUGAUCACCCGAGCGCCAUCUACGUCCACUAACAAUGUCGUCAACUUGAUCCGCUCGAUGCUACCUGAAGGCGUGGCUAACAACUUGCCUCACCUGCGCCGAUGCGCGAAGCCUGCCGAUAUGCCGGCUCACCUCAAGACGCAGUUCAUGAACGACUCUCCCGAGGGCCGCCAGGUCCAUACCGGAAAGUCGACUUGGAUCUACAUCAUGCUCGGCGAAGAGAAAGACUUUGACCGACACGACUUGAUGGCCAAGCUGUCUGCCAUUGAUGGCAUGGCCGAGAACGUCUUCCUCACCAAGAUUCCCAUUCCAGCAGUGCCUCCUACCUCCCAAAUACAGGCGGCCAUGUGGACGUCGCAGUUCUGGCCCACGGUGUACAGGAAGAACAACCCCCUCGGACCACACCCGAGCAUGGUUGGCCGCUCGACUGAAGCCAUCAAGGAUGAGACGUCUCUGUGGAUGACGCUGGCCCACAGAGUCGCUUUCCAGGCCAAGAAGGCGGGUGUCGGUGAGCCCAUGGGUGCUGUCAUCGUUCAGCGCGAGGGAGGAAAGUCCACGCUAGUUGCAGUUGCCGGAGAUGCUCGUUGGCACCAGGAGCCCAGUCGCAGCGGUACCGGCAACCCUAUGGGUCACUGCGCGCUCAGAGCUAUGAGCAUGGUCGCGCAGAAGCUCGUCCGACACGAGAGACGGGCGGCUGGGCGUUCUAACUCGCCCCCCAUCCUCGAGUACGACAUGUUCCAAGAUCUCCCGCUCCUCGAAGAUGAGCUCACCGUCUACAAUGAUGACCAUCCCAAUGCGGAGGGCUAUCUGUGCCACGGUAUGGAGAUGUACUUGACCCACGAGCCUUGCGUCCAGUGCUCAAUGGGAAUCCUCCAUUCGCGAAUGGGCAAAGUCGUCUUUGCGCAGCGGAUGCCGCUUACCGGGGGCAUGUGCUCGGAAGACCGAGGCCACGGCCACCCUGGAUUGGAGAAUUGCGGUGGCGGAGAGGGCCUUGGUCUCUUCUGGAGACGCGAGCUCAACUGGAGCUUGCUGGCGUGGGAGUGGGAAUCGAGCGACUGUGUGGAACCUUUGCCGCCGGUUGAUCACAGAGCCCAUGCUUAGUCCCCAUGGGACUUUACGACGAUACCUAGGUGCUUAUGGCCGACAAACCGGCCUGGGCCAGAACAGUCUUUGUGGAGUGAGAUGCCAACAAUGAUGAAAGUUGAUUGCAGGCUCGGUUCACCAGUAUCGCUAGCGCGCCGAACUUUGCGCCCACCCCUUUACGGGCUCUGUCUAGUACACUUAGCCAACGGCAUUUUGUUUGUAGGGCCAAAGGAGGGGUUAGAGAGUCCUAUCAUCUUCAAUCGGGCAUAUAUCGGUAGAGGGAAGCCUCGAGAGUAUCGUAGUGGUCGUGGUGGUGUUGGUGUGGCCAGACAUGAUACCCAUGCUGUCUCAAAUGUAGAAGGCAGCAACGUUAGCAAUGAACAAAGAAGAUUACUACUAGGCUUAUGU